AUGAAAGCCUCUUCUAGUGAAUCAUGUUCUGGUUCUCUUAAUACUUCUCUUUUGGGUUCACAAGAAACGUCCAAACAUAACUACAGAGAGAACAAUUUGCUGAGAAACCAGAUUACAUUGAUUCGCAACAAUCUAAAGCUUUUGAAGUCACAGGUUGAUUUUUUAAUAAAGUUUAGAAGUACAGAGACUGGUGGACUGGUUCAACAGGUGCGUGAAACACUGAAAAACGAACUAGAAUCCUUAUUAAACUGGCUGGAACCUAUAAAAUCAGAAGAUACAAUGUUGAAGCGAAAUCUUACUCUUCGUCGAUCCCCAAGGCUUAUAGAAAGACAGAAAAUCAAAUCUCCAGAGACUUCUUUCAAAAUUCCUGAGAAACUUUCACCUACAUCACUUUCGGAACUGACUGAAAUUUCUAACUUUCUGCAGGAAGAUGGUUGUAAAAAAAAAGAGGAUAACUUUAAUGAGUAUAAUAAUUUAAAUGCAUUCAUGCAGAAGAUGGAGAAUGACUUUGAUUACCUGACGAAUGAAUUCAAACUUUUACAAAAAAGGGUAGAAGCUUUUGAACAGUUGAACUGGCAAGAAUUAUUUAAUAAUUUUCGUGUUAAAAUUCAAGAACAGACAAUAAAAUUAUGCAUAUCUUACAUAAUUCGAGAUUUAGAUCAGGACAUUUUUGAAGCAUAA